AUGAAAGCCAUCUCUCAUUGUCAAAACAUGUACCUAUUACCAAUUUUAACUGCUUCCUUGUUAUUUGUCUUCGUCAGUGGGGAAGGCUAUGUGACUCCACCAACUGACGCCGCUGUUGAAUCGAACUUACUCACUGGUACCGGUCCAUCAAUGCCCACUUAUCCAACUCCUUCAGUCUCAAUGGGAGUUGAUGCUGCUUCAGUUGAUACGGAUAACCAAAUUAAUGCUGUUCAACCCAGUUCUACCGAGCCGAUUUCCUCUUCAUCAAACUGCAAUGACCAAGGUGUCUCCUCUUCAUCAACAACACCUUCAUCACUUCCCGAAUCAUAUCUUCGUCGUUUGGCCGUUUUUCGUCGUGUAAUGGCUGCUCGCGCCAGGGCAGCGGUUGCUCGACGAAAAGCCGUUCGCAAACUU